CCUACUCUUGUAUCCGAGAGUACGUACAUGCUCCAGCCGCGGCGUUAUUCCAUAGUUUCCAUAUUCUGAGCCUGUAGAUGGCGCCUAUAGCAGGAGCGGGACGCCAUGGAAGAUGAACGGAAUAAACAUUGCGACCGUCCAGGCAGGAACACCCACAUUCGGCAUAAUACACUGUCACUUGUGUCUUAUACGGACAGCUCAGAUUCAGAGGAACUUGAGGAAAGUGAAUACGAGGAGAGACACUCGUAUAUUCCUCCAUCCGAGUUAGUUAUAAAUGAUCACGUUACAGUUAGUAACUGUAUUACAAAUACUAGUGAAAUACUUACAAACUCGCUUUCCAGUGAUAUUUCAACUGCUGAGAUGUCACUCGGUUGUGAUUCGGCUGUUAAGCAAAAUGAUUGUAAGAAGCUACCAUCACCCAUUCACUUAUUGGAAAAGCAGAUGCCAAGCAGUGUUCGGCUAGCAUCUAUGUCUCACAGUAUUCCAAAACGAUCAACGAGUUUUACUAAAGUAGCCUUGGGUAACAAACGUUGUAAUUACGGUCAGUCAGGUACCACUGUCACUGACAGAGGCCAUUGUAAACUAGACCAGAUAAUCAGCACAACAGGUACGAGUAGUACUUUACCUUCUGUAAGAGACUUGCUAGGUAAUUCUGAAAGACAAACCUCAACCUUGCAUACGUCGGGCAGCUCCACCGUUCACAGAGAUUCUAUCAAUUCUUUCAUUGUGGAUCAGUUCACGACACGAACUACACAGUCACUUCACAGCCAGUCUACCACUCCUGUCAUCCGCCCGUAUUCAUCGAAAAGGCAGAGAGUAAAUAGAGAAGUAUUAAAGGUUCCAGAGAACUCGAUCUGUAGGCACUUUGCACCAUACCCGGAGAUACUGGCUUGUAUCGAUAACAAUUCAAGAGAUAUGCUGCCGAGGCAGCAGGCAUUUCAAGUAAGAGCACAUGCUAAGAUGAUUGGAAGCAUCUCCUGGUGCAAGAGACUGGAUUGGAGUCACCUUCUUGCUUCCACUUCAAUGGAUGGACAUGUGAAGGUGUGGGACAUCGUUACAAGAAAAUGCGUACAAGACAUUGCCAGUCAUUCAGGCUCACUGAAGGCAGGAGCUGUAUGGAGCUGGUGUGGGAAGUAUAUAUUGAGUGGAAGCUUUGACAAAACAGCCCAGGUUACUAAUGUUGAAACAGGUACACCACAAAAUGUCUUCCAGCAUGCUAAUAUUGUCACAUGUGUGCAGCGGCCACCGAAUGAUGACAACAUAAUUAUCACAGCGAUUCCAGAUUCCAUUUUAACUUGGGACGUUCGUGUAAGCGCAGACAGACCGAUCAGAACCAAUAAAGCCAAGUUUGGAAGGAUCCAGGACAUAGAGUUCCUACCAGGAGGUGCAGAGUUUCUGUGUUGUGGAGAUGAGAUACACCAGAACAGUGCAGACGUAGCCAUCAUGGUAUGGGACCUUGGGAGUGGUGCACGCAUAAGCCAUCAAAUCUUUCAUGAGAAGUAUGGUUGUCUAUGUCUGCGAGUGCAUCCUAAUGGAAAAGAGUUCAUCGCACAGACAAGUGGUGACUACAUAGCCUCAUUCUCUACUCUGCGACCGUACAAAAUGAACCCCUACAAGCGCCUAAGUGGCCAUCAUGUUCACUCCUACCCUAUAAAGUGCGACUUUAGUCGCGACGGCAACUAUGUCGUGUCUGGAAGCUGCGAUGGACUCGUACACUACUACCACUAUGCGUCCAAUUCUGUCCGUCACUCGGUUCAGGCGUACGACGCGUCAGACCCUUGCGUCGGUGUCGCCUUCCAUCCCGUCCUGCCGGCAACCGUGGCAUCCUCGAGUGAAAGUGGCGUGCUGACCAUUUGGGAGUGAGGAUUCUCGCACCAUAAGACUGAACGCUGGUGGCUCGCUCUAGUGGAGCUGGGUCACUGACUGUGGAAGUGAGGUGGCUAGUUACUCAGCCCAUCACACCGGGCACUGUGACCUCAUCGAGCCAAGAAAGUCAGAAGGUUACCUCGUGGACGUACGGUACAUAUUGACUCGAACCACUGUGCGCAAGCAAUCGAGCAGUGACUUAGCAACUCGAGUUGUGAUGCAUUUACUGCUCCCCGGCUGCUGCUGCACUGAUGGCUGUAAAUUAGCAAAAGGCAGGAAGCCGUGGGAGACCAGGAUUCACAAGAUAGGAGGCAGCGUGCAGACAGACAUCUAUCCUGGGAGCAUGGUUAACCUGAGAAAAGGAAAAAACAAAACCCAGCAGGCAAUCACAUCAGUGGGCACACAGUAUAUCUACUACAUCGAGUCGUUUCUAUGUAUUUUUAUGUGAUAGAAUUAGACCAGAUCUCACGAAUGAUCCUUUUUUUUACCUUUGUGUCUUCAUAAUUUAAAAAAUCUGUAUUUCUCAUGAAUAUAAGUGUAUGUGUGUGUG